CGCAGAAAACUUUUCCGCGUAGGGGAACUUCCUCAUUGGGAGCGUUAGCAGCUUCACAGUCCUGCGACGUUUCUGGUCGAAACAGCACAUCGCGUUUCUCAUCUCCGAGCCUUACAAAUGUCGAAGCCUCCUCCUAAGCCGGCCAAGCCAGGCCAAGUCAAGGUAUUCAGAGCAUUGUUCACCUUUGACCCCAGAACACCGGACGAGCUGUACUUUGAAGAAGGAGACAUCUUGUACAUCUCUGACACAAGUGACACUAAUUGGUGGAAGGGGACAUGCAGAGGAAGGACGGGGCUCAUUCCAAGUAACUAUGUGGCUGAGCAGGCAGAGUCCAUUGACAAUCCAAUGCACGAAGCAGCCAAACGAGGUAAUCUGAGCUGGCUGAGGGAGUGUGUGGAGAACAAGGUUGGAAUAAACGGGCUGGAUAAAGCUGGAAACACCGCCCUCUACUGGGGAUGCCACGGAGGACACAAAGAUGUGGUGGAGCUGUUGCUAAGCCAGUCUAACGUGGAGCUCAACCAGCAGAACAAACUUGGAGACACCGCGCUACACGCUGCUGCCUGGAAGGGUUAUUCUGACAUCGUGGAAAUGCUGCUUAACAAGAACGCACGGACAGACGUCAGGAACAAUGAGAAUAAGCUGGCUCUGGAGAUGGCCACCAACGCCCAGUGUGCCUCACUUCUGAAAAGGAAGCAGGGAAGCAACAUCACCCGCUCACACAGCAACGCAGAGGAGUAUUUGGACGACGAGGACUCGGAUUGAGAUGGCCUCCUCUCCUCCCUCCCUCCCUCCCUCCCUCCCUCCCCUCGACCCGGCUCCCCUCCGUUGAGACAUUGUCACAGUCUUCCGUUGGGUUGUGGAACUCCGAGUGUUUUUAUUGCAGACCUAAAGUGGAUUUGUUGUAACCAUAACUCCAUUUUAGUUCACUUAUUUUGUCCAGACACCUCAGUUCUGUGCCCUCAGCGUCACGUUCAGCGUGAAUUUCUGAAAAGCAUCGAAUUAAUACGUUUUACAGUCCGCCUGCUUUCCCCAGCACAUUUCCAAAUAGGGAGUUUGUCUUGGGUGCAUCGGUUGUGGGCUGAGGGGCAAUUGUAUGAUGUAGUAGUGGAAACGGGACCGAACUCAUUCCAAAUGUACUGAUUAUGUUUCACCUAUUAAAAUGGAAAAUAAAAGAGCAGAUUACAAGACUGAUGACAACUUCAGUUACUGAACUACAAGCUCGAGCAAAGGGGAUUGGAAACACAAUUUAGAUCUGUGCACGCUGGAGAGGCGACGAGAGUUGUAUUUCACCAUAAUAUUUCCCCUUUAAGCAGGAUGUGAAUAUUAUUACUUACUUAUGUGUGUGAAUGGGUGGAAUGGGGGGAAAUUAGUUGUAAAUUGGCUCGUACGACGGCAUUCCCUCGAAACUCGUUUGUUACUUCCUUCUCUGCUUGUGUUUUGGGUUGUGGUAUUACAUUUCCACUGCUGUUCAAGACCUGCUUUCGAUUCAACCAAAAAAAGAAAAAGGAAAAAAAAAAAAAUCCCCGUGUAAAUCAGACUUAACUCUUUCUUUCAAGCUUUUGAUGGUUUCGAUUUCCAUCCUGGGAGCAUAUUUCUGUUUUUUUUUUUUUUUUUUUUACUGCUGCUUUUCCACAAAUAUAUAUAAAGUGCCUAAAAUAUGUGUGAGUGUGUGUGUGUGUCAAUGUGGAUGUGUUUAUGUCUUUUGUGAAUUAAGAUGAUUUCUAUCUGCUCUAUCCUCACUGCAAUAAAAAGAUUUAUAACUUAAAA